AUGGCGCUGAAGAACUUACAGCUGUUUCACAUGAACCGAGGUAUGGGAUACCAGAACCGGCAAGCGACGCCUAUGAAGGCACCCCCUUCAGCCUUGUCCAGGUCUAUAUCGAAAAGUGCUGAGACCUUGGCCGCUACAACUAUAGCCGGUAAAGAAAUAAAGGCGCGAAAAGCACGAAGCACUGAGCAGCCGGGUGCGAAUGCUACGAGUAGUUUGUCCAAAGGCGGCAGCUCCCUCGUACUCCCAGCGCUGGGCAAGUGGGGUGAAGACAGCGAAAGCUUCAAGAGCCGGUCAAGAAAUGGCAGCGCGAGCAGUAGAACUGGCAGCUUGGAUAGAAGCAAUCAAGGCUCCAGUAUAACACUAAAUGGAGAAGAGGACAAUAUAAACGUAGUUGUCAGAGUUCGGCCUGUGAACGACAAAGAGAGAUCACUUCAAGAGCGGGACAUGCUGGAGUUUCCCGGCAAGGGUCAGAUCAUCGUCAACGGCAUCUCACUCGCUCAGAAACCUAAGCUUUUCUCUUACAAUGUUGUCUUCGAGCCUGCUGCUACACAAGAGGAUGUAUUAGAAUACAGUGGGAUAAAGCGGCUGCUAGAAAUGGCGGUUGAAGGUUUCUCCUGCACGGCCUUCUGCUACGGACAGACGGGCAGCGGCAAGACUCAUACAUUGACAGGACCACCGGGGCUUGUGGAGAGGGGAGCAAGUCCGUACUCUCCUGAGCACGGCCUGGUGGUGCGCUCUUUCGUGUACCUUUACCAACUUCUCCGCGAACGCCCUGAAUGCCACUACGUUUUAAAAGCUUCAUUUUUGGAAAUAUAUAACGAGAAGGUAAUAGAUCUUCUUAAUCCGGGCAGUGCUCGAAAACCACAACAGGUGAGAUGGUCGAAGGAAAGUAGAAGCUUCUACGUGGAGAACCUGUUUACCGUGGACUGCGAGGAGCUCGAUGAUCUAUUCGCAGUUUUAGAGGAAGGCAUGCGCAACCGCGCUGUCGGGGCUCACGCCAUGAACGCACACUCCUCGCGCUCGCACACGUUGCUCAGUGUGCGCAUACGCCGCGACGUGGGCUCCGACCAGGACAUCACGUGUUCCACGCACGGCAAGAUCAACUUCGUGGACCUUGCUGGCAGCGAGAUGACAAAGCGGACGAAGAGUAGCGGCAAGACAUUGGAGGAAGCCAACAAUAUUAACAGAAGUCUCAUGGUUUUAGGAUACUGCAUAGCGCAGCUAAGUGACGGCAAGAAGAAAGGACACAUACCCUACCGGGACAGCAAGCUUACCAAGUUGCUUGCAGAUAGCCUGUCGGGUAAUGGAGUGACGCUAAUGAUCGCCUGUAUAGCCCCUACAAAGUCCAAUUUGAAUGAGACAAUCAACACUCUACGCUAUGCGUCGCGUGCUAAGAAAAUCAAAUCUAAACCUAUUGUAAAAAUGGACGCCAGGGAUGCUCUCAUAUUGAGUUUGAAGAGAGAAGUAGAGGCGCUGCAAACUGAGAAUAACCAUUUGAGGACAGCUGUCCAAAUUCACACCGACUAUAACGCUGAUACUUACAGUCAAAAAAGCCGCGGCACCCCACCGCCUAUAGAAGCGAACAAACUCUACCAACUGCCACAGAAGGAACUGGUUGAGCUCGUUCAACUGCACAUGUCAGAAAAUUCCGCUCUAAGACAAGAAAAUACAGAGUUAUUCGUCGUCAGAGAUCAACUAUUAAGGGAUCAGGAGCUCUUGAGCAGAGAAAACGAACGCUUGCUGAAGAAACUUGAGGAUGUUAACUCCGUUUGCACCCGUUCUCCAAUAAUCCCAGCGAGAGCAGCCUACUCAAUCAGCAGCAGCGCCGGGUUACCCGAUAUAGACAUCUGGACGAAUCACGUCAGUUCCGCCAACAGCACUAUAAGCGGGGGAAGCUAG